GAAGUUCUUGCAAAACACACCAAGAAUUUCUUCUUGGAGAUUACAGAAUCAGGACUCAGGCUCAAACAAAAACAUUUAUACUAUAAACAAGUUCAGCGGGGUAUGGCAAUAACUAGAAAGCCAUGGCGUGAUUUUGUUAAUUGCACUUAUUUCAUGAAUCGUGAGGAUAUACACAUUGACAGAAUUUUCUUUGAUCCUACAUUCUGGGAAGCACUCAGGAGAAAGCUUCUUGACUUUUAUCUCAAUGCUAUGGUUCCUGAGCUACUAACUGGGCGCAUGAAGAGAGUAAUCCCUAUGUACCCAAAGAUCUUUUCCUAUAAAUGACUGAAAAUAAUCACCCAGGAAAUAAUGUCUAUAGGUUUAAGAACUAUGCAAAGAGUUGAUUAAGUUCAAUGACUGCAGAUAUUUAUGUAAUCACUGAGAUAAGACAUCGGUUUGUUAACUUGAUAUUACGUUUAUUCGCCCAUUUAGCGUUACCAGAAUGUUGUGAGUUGACAGGUGAUUUUUUAAAAGUGGCAAUUUUUAACAGUUCAUCACAUCUUGUGAACAACUACCGAGCAGAAUAACCAGCCUCUAUAGUUAAGUAGGUGAUGGUUUUGAUGGCAACUGGCNCAGGCCAAAUAUACCAUAUCAGUGUCAAGUGGGGUUGGAAAUGGAACCAGUCAUCAUAGGUAAAUACUUUCAACAUCAAAAAAACAAAGGUCAAAAAGAUAAAGAUAAAGGCCUUGUUAUUGAUAAGGAUAAUCCUGUGCUGGCUUUAAGUGUUGAUGGUGAAGUCAGUGAUUCAACAAAUAAAUAUCAUCCAACUGGAAGCCUUGAGGCAAAAAAACAAGUUAUUCCCAUCAAAGUUAAAGGAACAAGUGGGUACAAAGCAAACUUUAUUACAUGAAGUUCUUGCAAAACACACCAAGAAUUUCUUCUUGGAGAUUACAGAAUCAGGACUCAGGCUCAAACAAAAACAUUUAUACUAUAAACAAGUUCAGCGGGGUAUGGCAAUAACUAGAAAGCCAUGGCGUGAUUUUGUUAAUUGCACUUAUUUCAUGAAUCGUGAGGAUAUACACAUUGACAGAAUUUUCUUUGAUCCUACAUUCUGGGAAGCACUCAGGAGAAAGCUUCUUGACUUUUAUCUCAAUGCUAUGGUUCCUGAGCUACUAACUGGGCGCAUGAAGAGAGUAAUCCCUAUGUACCCAAAGAUCUUUUCCUAUAAAUGA